AUGGACAAGGUGAGGUAUUCCAUUAAUACUCCAAUUGGAUACAGUAAAUCGCCAGUUCAACUAUUAAGAAAGACGUUUCCGUACACGCCCAAUUUGAGCGCGUCGUCGGCCAUUGCAAACCAUUCAGAGUUAAACGCUACAGAUGUUGAUCAUGCCGCUGUGGUAUUCAAACUUGAAAAGCUCCCGGUGGAAGUUCUUGAGCUAGUGGUUGCCCAGCUAUCGCAAUUCGACUGUUUGAGUCUCAUGAGAGCAGGAAGCAAGAAAAUCCUCGCGCUUUGCCAACAUCGGCUUUACCGAAACCUUGAAAUUGAUACCAAUUUCAACAUAUUCGAUACAGAAUUAUCCACCGUCGAUAAAACUUAUAUCAACAGCGCGUUCAAUUUGAAGAAAUUUUUAAACGUCUUCAACAAGUUGCCCGUUGUGCCGCACGUUUAUUCAUUCAAGUGCAUAAAUCUACCAGACUCGCUCAACAUCUACGACCACGAUUUGAACUCUUCCAUCACUCGCUUGUUUACUCGACUUGAGCAUUUGCAAACGUUGGUUUGGCUCAAUGACAACUUUAGGCUAGAUUACUUGUACAGCCUACCGGCAAAGGAGAAGGUUACAACCUUGAUUUUAAACAUCAAAUUUAGCAACUACCCCAAGGAGUUGAACAACAAUGGAAACGCAGGCGAUCCGGGGUACAGAGCCGCGAACAUAGCCGAUGAAGAUUUCUCGUCGUUGAAGUUUCCAAAUUUAAAAAAUUUCCAAAUCAAGCCGUUUGUAAACUCGGCAAAGUUGUUGAAAUUGGUUAACAAUUUUUUGAUCAAUUCCAAUGAUGCGGCCCUUGUGAGUAACAACUUGGAGUCACUAGCUUUCACGGGGCUGCGGCAAUUUAUAAGCAACGGCAGGGUGGACCGAAGGGAUAGCCAGUACGGCUGGGAGAUUUACAACAUCUUUAACAAGAGCCAGCUUGAGAGGUUGACCAAUUUGACUUGCCUUUCACUUUCUGACCUACCAUUCACGGACAAGGAAGGAUUGAGUUUGAAAAAAUAUAUUGAUUUGUCAAAGUUGAAAUUUUUGGAACUCAGAAGUGGUAAAGCUUGGGCAAGUAGUAGCAAUGGAGGUGGUGGUCGACUCAAGAAAACUUUGAUGUCAGUGAUUACGCCAUGUUUGCGUGAUUUGCAGGAAUUGUCGCUUCAUGUACCGAUGGAGCGGAAAGAGUUGUUGAAUAUAAUUCAGUCUGUUCCGCUUUUGAAAAGCUUGGAUUUGACUGUAUAUGUUGAGGAUCCGUACGAGGACGAUAUUGAUGAUGUAGGUGGUAAUACUGAUGGGUAUGGGUGGGACGCGGACAGUAUUCCACUAUUCAUGGACAGUGUCACCGACGAGAUCCAAAAGCGCCACAGACGCACCUUGAUGAAAUUGGCCAUCAAAACCAACCCAACUUGUAUGUUUGAAGGGGGAAAGGCUGGUCAUGUGGAAACAAUGCAAGAAUUUUAUGCCAAUUUGCAAACUUUGAAUUUAUCAAGGUUGAGCAUGGAAGCUUAUCCUAAUAAUUCUGAGCCAGGGAGAGAUUUUUUGGGUGAAUUACUUGAAACUCAGAAAAAUUUGGAGUUUUUAGAAUUGAAAGGACCGGGACAAGGGUGGACUCCAAACUUGGGGUUGGGGAUGGUGCAUCCUACAGUAUUUGAUAAAUGGUAUAAAGUACAGCACGUUGCUCUUUAUUAUCUCAAGUUCAAUGGCAACAUAAAGUACAUUAGCGUGGAUAAUGAAUGUUUAUUUCAAAACAACCUGACACUGGCGCUGGAAUUGUCGGUGAUGCCAAGAAACGAUGGGCUACGAGGUUGGUUCCAACUGCAAGUUCGCUGUGAAGCUACCUUGGGUCAGUGA